AUGGCCCAGUUCGUGCCACGCAGUGUCUUUCCCCAUUAUGGGGCUAUCCCCAGGUCCUAUUUCCUGGGACAUCACCGAGCCGGUCUGACCAAGAUGAAAAAUAUGCUGGCAAGCAUUGACUAUGUUGUUGAAUGUCGUGACUACCGAGCCCCGGUCACCUCAAUAAACCCAAUGUUCGAAGAAGCUUUGGGCAAAAUGAGGCGCAUAGUUGUUUAUACUAAGAGAGAUCUGGGUGGGAUUCCCAAAUCCUCUGCUCAAAAACAAACAGAGCGCAAGCUACAAAGUUUCGAUCCAAAGAGCGCCGUCUUCUUCACAAGCUCAUCUGCCCGCCAGGAUGUCAGCCAGAUCAUCAAACACCUCCGAAACGAUGCCGAAGCUCCCGAUAAGCUUGUCAGCUGUCGAGUGCUGGUUGUCGGAAUGCCCAAUGUCGGCAAAUCCACCCUGAUCAACAACUUGCGCAACGCAGGCGUCGGUAAAGCUAAGGCUCUGAAGACUGGCCAACAGCCUGGUAUCACACGCAAGAUAGCCACCCAGGUUAAAAUUAUCGAACGAGAGAGCGGGUCUCAUGUCUACGUUCUUGAUACACCGGGAGUCUUUAUGCCCUAUGUCCCCGAGGCAGAAAGUAUGCUUAAGCUGGCACUCUGUGGCUGUGUCAAGGAUAACGUCAUAUCGCCAGUCACAUUGGUAGACUAUCUAUUGUAUCAUAUCAACUUGCAUGACCCGCAGGUCUACAAACGUUGGUCAGAACCGACCAACGAGGUCGUUCCUUUGCUUGAAAGCUUUGCGCGCCAAACUGGUCUGCUGAGCAAGGGAGGCAUACCAAAUUUGGACGGGGCAGCCAUUCAUUUUAUCCAAAAAUGGAGGCAAGGAGAUCUCGGUCGGUUUUUGAUUGAUGACCUCGAGGAGGAAGAACGACGACGGGACGAUCCUGAGCAGGUAACACGCCUGAGCAUGACACAGGCCUUGAAGGUCGAACGGGUCACUCGAAAGAACAAACCCGAUGUAACUAGCAAUCUGUAA